UAGUUAACCUCCUCCCUCCAAAACCCAUCCAAAGAAAAGCAAAUGCUUCACUCUUUAUCUCUGCAAGCUUUCUGUUCCUACACACCACCAACCCUAAAACCCCAUCUCUCUCCCUCUUCAAAAUCUCCCCUUUACAUUAAAUUCAAUACAACUCACCAUGAGAACCUUCGCUACCUCAAAUCCAUUGGUGUUAUUGAUUUCAACACUAAACCACACCAACUUCCAUCUCCUGAUGCCAUAACCGAAAUGCUCACCACCAUAAAUUUCUUCAAAUCAAAAGGGUUUAAGGACACUGACUUCUCAAGACUCACUUCUAUAUAUCCUAAGCUCUUUUCCGAUAACUUUGACCGAACCGACAUUGACCCAGUUUUCGAAUUCUUGGCUACUGAUUUACAAGCUUCACUUGAAGAAUCUAGAGGUUUUAUCCUUAAUUGCCCUCAAAUCCUCUUUUCUGAUGUGGAAUAUUGUCUUAAGCCUACCCUUAACUACCUUAGACAAUUAAAGAUACAAAAAAUCAAUGUCCCAAGUAAAUUAAAUGCAAAAAUUUUGAAUACCCAAGUGGAGAAAUUGCGUAAAAGGGUCAAAUUUCUGAAGAGUUUAGGUUUUUCUCACAAGGAAGCAGAAACAUUUUGUGCAAGAAUUCCAGCUAUAUUUGGGUAUAGUAUUGAAAAUAAUUUGAGACCAAAAAUUGAGUACUUACUAGUGCAGAUGGAGAGAAGUACGGAGGAGUUGAAAGAAUUUCCACAAUAUGUUGGAUUUAGCUUGGAGAAAAGGAUAAUGCCUAGGCAUUUACAUUUGAAGCAGAGGAAUGUUCAGAUUAAGCUGAACAGAAUGUUGAUGUGGAGUGAUCAAAGAUUCUAUGCAAAAUGGAAAUGACCAUUUUGUAUGCAAUAUCUAGGGUGAGUGUAAAAAUACAUCGCAUUCUGUUCCAUUCCAUUUACCGAUUUUCUUAGCAAAAGUUUUACUACCCAUUGUUUUGCAUCCAAUGUAGAACUUCAACAAAUAAUGCAAUUGUGCAGCAAAAAAUAUAUCAAUCAAAUAAAUUUCGGAUUCA